AUGGAUCCCGAAUCGAGCUUGAACCCGUCCCCUCCCAGAAAGCAGCGUCAGCUUCAUCACAUCCGCAUUCCCCAACGAGACGCGAGCAUUGGAGGAGCUUCUUUAUCAUCCCCAUCAACAUCGCCUCGGACGAAUUCUCAUUCACAUUCCCAACAUCGGCGCCAGCUCUCAUCUGCGACCGCGACUGUGACUGCGAGUGGAAGUGCGACGGGAAACAGCCCGCCAGCAUUACGUGUGCGAAAAGGGAAAGGUCGCGUUGAGACUGAAUCAGAACCAGAACCAACCUCCCCGGCAGUGGCAGCAGCAGCAGCAGCUUAUCGAGAAGCGACAGCUGCCAAGCAGCAGCAGCGCAGCCCAAGUGCAAAACACCAGCCCAACAUCGAGCCGCGUAGAAGCUCCCUGAACGCUUCUAAGCCCGUCUUCACCAGAGCCGACGAUCGAGGUCCCCUGCAGAAACUGCAGCUUGAACUCCAACGGAUUGGUAAAGAAGAAGGCCUGAUCGGUCCAGAAUCUACUUCGAACGGCACUGGAGUCACGCGAACACUCUCUAGAAAACAAGCACAGCGGCUUUUGCGAAGCACUGAGGUUCCUUCCAAACAAACUGCAAUUGCCCAUCCCGAUUCGCCCACGGGAACCGAGGCAUCACCACCGUCGGCUUUCAAACCAAGUCACGUAGGACGGUCUGCUUCUCUCUCUACGCCGUCUCAAGCAUCGGAAAGCAAGCGUCGCUAUUCUGCAUCAUUCGCUGAACGAGCUCGACAAGAACAGGAACAGGGAACUGUCAGAAAACACAAGGAACCAAUCGGAUUCGCAGUCAUGGAUACUCUACCUCCUCCACCUACUGGCCGUUCGGGGGGAUCCCAUACGCCCGUAUCAGCCAGGAGUAUCAAUGGGCGCUCCAUCAAUGGAGAGCCGUCUAGAAUUGAGCCCAAGGUCGUAGAUCGCCAUAAGGGACGAUUCCAUCUCCACCACCAUAAAAAGGAAGGCGAGCUUCCUCUACCGCAUCGAGAAGGGCUGUAUCUAGAUGUCGGAGAGGAGCCUCAAUGGCCCUCAAAUUGCGCCCAUGUCUGUCUCAGCGACCUCGAGUUGGUCGAUGAAGGACCUGACGUCCCUGCCGUGCCUAUAUCUUCUGGGUUUGUUCCCCCUUUGAAAAUCAGAUGUGGACCGUUACUUCGCUAUACCGGCCUGCGGCAAGAAGAUGGACUCGAGAUAUGGCGUGGCUCUAUUCUCAUCGUCACUAAAGACGACGAGUCGACCUAUGAGCCAAUCCCACAUAUACGUCUAUUCGGACAAGGUGGUGAAAUACCAAACCCAGCGGCGCCUGCGGACGAAGUUACCGAAAUACCAGCAAUCAAUGCCGUCGGAGAAACCCAGCAGGUCCGCCGUGCCUCUACUAUCUCAAGCGCGAGCGCAUUUUCUACCUCAGACCUGAACAGGGACGGUGGUGACGAAUUGCCACCCUCUCUACGUUAUAACUUCGGACCAGCGAAAAAUCCACCAAAGCGCGGUGGAACCGAUCGUUUUAGGAAAGACGGAGAGAGACAGGGAAAAGCAAAGGACUAUCCGGCGGAGAAGGUACAUGCUGAAAAAGGUACAACAUUCUGGCGAUUCAACCUCGAGAUUGAAUUAGGUGCCGAAGAGCAGCGAAUUGCAUACCGAGUAAACAAUGGAGGGCUACUCGCAUUCUACGUCCCUGCUGCAAAUCAAACAAUGAACAUUAUGUUCCACAGCUGUAAUGGGUUCAGUAUGGCUGUAGACCCAAACAAAUUUUGUGGCCCGGACCCUCUGUGGCGAGACGUUCUGCGAAAUCACUAUAAGAAGCCUUUCCACGUCAUGCUUGGUGGAGGUGAUCAGCUCUACAACGACUGUGUAUCGGUGCAAUCACCAAAGUUCAAGGCGUGGCUCGCGAUCAAGGAUCAGCAUGUCAAGGACAACACUCCAUUUGACCAUGAAUUCCAGGAAGAGCUAGAGACAUUCUACUUAAACCGUUAUUGUCUAUGGUUCUCUCAGGGAUUAUACGGUGUAGCAACUACUACGAUCCCUUCGGCAAACUGCUACGAUGACCAUGACAUUAUUGAUGGAUUUGGGUCAUACCCGGAGGCAUUCAAUGGCUGCCCGGUAUUUGCUGGUCUAGGUACCGUGGCAUUCAAAUACUACAUGCUAUUCCAGCACCAUACAACGGUGUCGGAGGGCGAACCAAUAGAGCCAAGUUGGGUACUCGGUGCCCAGCCGGGCCCGUACAUUCAAGAGCCAUCACGAAGUACCUUCAUGUUCCUCGGUCGCAGGGUGGCCUUUAUGGCCCUUGACUGCAGAACGGAACGUACUCGUGACCUUCUGUUGACCAACGAAACAUAUACCCGUAUUUUCCAAAGACUAGAGCAGGAGAUCAUACUAGGACAGACCAAGCACCUCAUCAUAUUGUUGGGUGUACCUAUCGCCUACCCAAGAUUAGUUUGGUUGGAGAACAUUUUGACUUCUUCAUUGAUGGAUCCGAUCAAGUAUAUUGCUAGCAAACGGACGGACGGAACACUAAAUGGAUUCCUCAAUAAGUUUGAUGGUGGUGUAGAGUUACUUGAUGAUAUGAUGGACCAUUGGACCGCCCGUGGUCAUAAGAGAGAGAGGAAUUGGUUGAUUUUGGAGCUGCAAAAGCUGGCUGCGGCUAAAGACUGUCGAGUGACCUUCUUAGGUGGUGACGUUCAUUUGGGGACAUUUGGGCAUUUCAUCUCUAGGUCGGGACUAAAGAUCCCCAAGGUUAACGACUACAGAUAUAUGGUCAAUGUCGUUUCGUCAGCUAUCGUCAAUACUCCUCCACCAAACGCACUAGCCGACCUACUCAAUAAGAGAAACAAAAUCCAUAAGCUCCAACGAGACACUCACGAGGAGCAAAUCAAAAUAUUCUUCACGGAUCCGAAGGGCAAGAAGCGUAACAAUAAUACCACCUUACCUGCCAGGAACUACUGCCGCAUCAGCGAAAACCAGACGGGAAGCCAUGUUGGCGAGUACACCGACAUUACCAAGCCUGUAGAGGCCGAAAAGGAAACGGAUAUCGACUUCAGGGGCGGCCUUGACUUGGUCAUCAACUUCGAAGUCGACCAGACCGAUCCGCACGGACAUACCAAAGCGUACGGAUUCACGACCCCAGUUCUGCAGAGGCGCGAGGCGUAG